AUGGCAUCGUACCGGCCGCCUCCUCCUCCGUCUCCUCUCCCACCGCCACCUCAAAAUCCUCCUCCACCUCCUCCCCUUCCUCCGUCGUUACCCCCUCCCGUUCCUCCUCCUCCACCGCCUUCGCAUCAACCCUACGCUUCUUAUCCUCCGCAAGCUUACUAUCAGCAGCCGCCGUCUCACUAUCCUCCUCAAUUCAACCAGCUUCAAGCUCCUCCGCCUCCUCCUCCCCCUCCCUCAGCACCUCCUCCCAUCGUCCCCGAUCCUCCACGUAAUCAACCGACCAAUGACCGCCACAAAAGUGCCUCCAAGCCGCGGGAGCGUCCUCCAUCGAAGCAGCAGCAGCACAGCAGGCCUCCACAUCAUCAUCAGCCACACAGUAAGAAUCCGGAAGAUGAGAGGAGGUUAAGGAAGAAGAAGGAGGCUGAGAAAGAAAGACAGCAGAUGAAAACGUCUCACAAGUCUCAGGGAAUUCCCAAGGCGCAUACGGAGGAGAGGAAGCCUACUCCUCUUCUCACUACAGAUAGGGUUGAGAAUCGGUUAAAGAAACCAACUACCUUCAUCUGCAAGCUCAAGUUCCGGAAUGAACUUCCUGACCCUACUGCACAGCUUAAGCUUAUGACCAUCAAGCGAGAUAAAGAUCAAUAUACAAAAUAUACAAUCACUUCCCUGGAGAAACUAUGGAAACCAAAAAUCUUUGCUGAGCCUGAUCUUGGAAUACCUUUGGAUCUUCUUGACCUUAGUGUUUACAAGCCACCCAAAGUGAGGCCACCUCUUGCCCCUGAAGAUGAAGAGCUGUUGCGUGAUGAUGAUGCUGUUACCCCUAUCAAGAAAGAUGGCAUCAAGAGGAAAGAAAGACCUACUGAUAAAGGUGUUUCCUGGCUCGUCAAAACACAAUACAUUUCUUCUAUUAAUAAUGAAUCCACAAGACAGUCUCUAACUGAGAAAAGAGCAAAAGAACUGCGAGAGAUGAAAGGAGGCAUCGACAUCUUGCAAAAUCUCAAUAACAGAGAGAGACAGAUCAAGGAUAUUGAAGCAUCCUUCGAGGCCUGCAAGUCUCGACCAGUUCAUGCCACCAAUAAAAACUUGAAGCCAGUUGAAGUUUUACCCUUAUUGCCAAAUUUUGAUAGGUACGAGGAGCAGUUUGUUAUAGGGAAUUUUGAUAGUGCUCCUACAGCUGAUUCUGAAUAUUUUGGCAAGUUGGACCCUUCAAUUCGUGAUGAAUAUGAGUCACGGGCCAUUUUAAAAAGCUAUGUGGUUGCUGGAUCGGACGUUGGCAAUCCCGAAAAAAUCGUGGCCUACUUGGUUCCUUCCUUGGAUGAGUUGUCUAAGGAUAUGCAUGAUGAAAACGAGGAUAUCUCUUAUACUUGGGUUCGCGAAUACAUCUGGGAUAUACCACAAAAAGAGCAAAACGAGCGUGACACAUACCUGGUAUCGUUCGAGGAUGGGACCGCUAGCUAUCUGCCACUACCCACAAGGCUGAACAUACGGAAGAGAAGGGCCAGGGAAGGAAGAGCGUCUGAUGAGAUUGAACACCUACCAGUACCUGCAAGGGUGACUGUAAGGAACAGAUCGUCUGUAUCAAUAAUCGAACAUAAAGAUUCAAUGGUUAAUUCAAAUUCUAGGAUAGGUGCGUCGAGCUCCAAGAUGAGAAGGAUAGAGGAGGAAGAAGACCUUGGCAGAUCUUGGAAACACGGUUCGGAACAGGGUGCUAAUCAAUAUAGUGAUAAUAAUGAUGACUAUUCUGAAUGA